GCACGAUUACUUCCUGUGCAAAAGUGCGCCAUUAGAAGGAAUUUCCGAGUGUUUACCGCUUCAUGCGGUCUUUACAGAUAAACUCUAGCUCACUGUGCGCUGAUCUGAGGUUCUGGGUAGGUUAUUUUACAGUCGGACAUUUUAUAGUGUUCAUUCAGGGAAAGUAAAACAAAAUGUCCGCGGAAGAAGCGGAGAAAACAACAACAACAACAACACCACCAGCAGCGCCAGUAAUCCCGGCGGCGGAGGCUCCUGCUGGGGAUGAGGAGGAGGAAUGGCUGUACGGCGAUGAAGGAGAAACCAAGGAGACUGAGGAGGAAGAGGUGAAACAGACUGGCACCGUCAGCACCCCCGCCGCACCUGCAGCUCCUGAGGAGAACAGCACUGGAAACGGAGUGGCCAGUCAGGAGGAGGAGCAGGGUGACAACGAGGACAGCGACAGUGACAGCGAUGACGACGACGACGAUGUCCGUGUUACCAUCGGCGACAUUAAGACGGGUGCGCCUCAGUACACGACGUACGGAACAGCGCCGGUCAACCUGAACAUAAAGACAGGCGGCAGCAGGCCAUACGGAGCAGUGGGAGCGAAGGUGAAGGGUGUGGAUCUUGAUGCCCCAGGCGGCAUCAACGGCGUCCCCGUAUUGGAGGUGGACAUGGAGUCCUUUGAAGAAAAGCCGUGGAGAAAACCUGGUGCCGACUUGUCGGACUACUUUAAUUACGGCUUUAAUGAGGAAACUUGGAAGGCGUACUGUGAGAAGCAGAAGCGGCUGCGGAUGGGCCUCGACGCCAUCAACAUCAGCUCUGCUACAAGCAAGAUAUCUGUUCAGCAGGGCAGGACAGGGAACGAUAAGGAGGCUGCACUUCCUGCUCACGUUGCUAAAGCAGACUUUACGUCCCCAUCUAACCUGUACAAGACAAACCUGAACCCAGCCAGGAUAUCCCCUCCGCAGUGGGCGGGGCCUGCAUCCCAAGAUACGCCCUAUUAUACGAAGUCUACUGGGACCAUUGAUGUGAUUGGUGGACAAACAGCGACCAUCAGCAGGGUGGAGGGACGCCGCCGACACAAUCUGGAGGGAAACAACAUCCAGGUGAUCUCUGAACACACGUCCUCCGAAGCAGAGGCCACACCUGCCAAACUUCCCACCUUCUUCCCCCCAGGGCCCCUCCCUCCCAACAUGCCACCACCGCCUUUCCUGCCUCCACCCCCUGUCAGCCAGGCUCCACCCCUUAUCCCUCCGCCAAGACUCCCGAUCACCGUCCCUCCUCCUGGUUUCCCACCUCCUCCCAGUGGCCCGCCCCCUUCACUCAUGCCAACAUUAGACAACACUGGGCAUUCUGGAGGAUAUGACUGCCGUCCUGUCACGCCAUAUCCUUUCCCACCAGGCGGUUACCCGCCGCCCAUACAGGGGCCUGUGAACAACUGGGCUGGGGUGAUGGACAACUCGAAGCAGUGGGAUUAUUAUUCCCGCCGAGAGAAGGAGAGGGAGAGAGAGAAGGAGAGAGAGAGGGAAAGAGAGAGGACGAGAGACCGUGGACAUGACCGGGAGAGAGAGCGAGAUCGAGAGCAUAGUCCCUCAUCCAUGGCCUACAACAGUGAUGAGGAGCGUUACCGUUAUCGUGACUACGGAGAACGUGGGUACGAAAGGCAUCGGGACCGGUCGAGCCGAGAGAAGGAGGAGAGACAUCGUGAAAGGAGACACCGAGAGAAAGAGGAAGGAAGGCACAAGUCCUCACGCAGCAGUAGCAGAAGGAGGCAUGACAGUGAGGAAGGUGACAGCCAUCGCAGACACAAACAUAAGAAGUCGAAGAGGAGUAAAGAGGGCAAAGAGCCGAGCGAGGAGCGAGCAGCCGACCAGGAGAACCAGGAGGCUAUGGAGUAACGUCUCGUCUGUUCCGAGCUCUGUACCAUGCAGAAACCGAAUACUCUAUACUCCUUCCGUAGUAUUUUUCCAUUUUAGUUCUUCUGCUUGUUCAGAUGUUGUUGUGUUUUCUCCAAGUCUUGUGUAGAUGUUGAUUUGAUGGAUUAAAAAAAGGCAUUUGGUAAUUUC